AUGUAUUACAAUAUCAAUUUAAUAUUUAUCCUUGGCGUGAACAUGUUUUUAAAAAUUAUUGUAUUUCGAUAUUCAGCUAACGUACAUCAAGUGUAGCGUAGAGAGCAGCAGGAUGUUUGGGAAAUUCGUAGUUAACUCGAACAUAUUAUUCAACCAGGGAAGGAGUGGAUUGGAUCUACCUUCUAAUACAAGCUACGAAUAUUUUCCAAAAGAUUAUUACCUCUGGAGAGUUAAUGAACAACUAUACGACAUUAACAAGCCUUUUGUUGUCAUCUUCUUACUCUUGGUUUUACUUGGGUUGUUUGGGAAUAGUCUAGUGGUUUACGUCUUCUGUUUUCGUUUGAAAAAGUCAACAGUACACACAUAUAUAACAUGUAUUGCAGCUUGUGAUACAGUGACUUCCAUUUUGCUGAUUUUCGAAAUCUUCGAUAAACGAUACCCAAUGUAUGCUGGGAACUUCACAAAUAUCUGUAAGGUUGUGCGAUGUCUUGAAGUGUUUCUUAGUUGCGGUUCCAGCCAAUUUAUUGUAAGCAUUGCGUUUGAUCGUUACUAUAAGGUCUGUAAGCCAUUUAAAAGUCUUUCUCUCAAAACAGUCCGAAAAAGCAUACUAUGCAUAUUGAUAGUAUCUGCAUUUCUAAGCUGGCCUAUGGUGUUAUUUCAUGGUCCGGAAUUGGUCAAAACAUCGCAUCCUGAAGUAUUUGGAAAAGACUGUUCUGAUGAUGAUCGUUUCAAAGAUUCAAUGUAUCCGGUAAUUUAUUUCAUUGUUCUUUUCGUAUUUGUUAUAGCGUGCAUUGUGGUGAUUGUGAUAAUGUAUAUUUUCGUAUUUCUGGAAGUUUUUAAGUGGAAACAUAAUUCUAUGAGCACUACUAAAGUUUCUGGGAAAUUUGAUAACUCGAUUUGGAUGAAAAUCAAGUCAAGAAUACCUUUUCAAAACAACAGAAAAGGAAAACAUCAAAGUGAUGACCCUGCAGUCGACUGUAGAAUAAAAUCAAACAAUCAAACCGUAAAAGAUGAAAACAAUGUAAUAACUUAUAACAACAAUAUGCUGCCAGUUGAUGGCGACACAACACGUGUUUCUGUUGAGAUUCCAGUUGAAAGUCGCAUUCAUCAAGCCAAACCGAUCGAUGCAACUAAAAGAACACCUAAUAGGAGCCACACGGAAAAAGAAAGUGGACGUCCAUUAAGUCUCCAAAACGGCGGGAAGAAACGUCAUCUGAGUAAAACCACUAUCUCGCUAAGUCUGAUAGCAUUCAUGUAUGUAAUGAGUUACAUCCCCACCAUUGCGGUGGAAAGUGUCAAUGCUAUAGGGUCAUUCGAAGAAAACCAACUCUCAAUUCCAACAAGGCGACUAAUCGUGGUGUGUAAUGCGGCACAUUUUUUUAAUAUUGGCUUUAAUCCUAUUAUAUACGGAGCCUUUAAUGAUUUUUUUCGAAAUGAAGUUAGAUUAAUCGUAUUUGGAAAUAGAAAAUGAUCAAAGACUAUCUAAAAAUAAAUUGAGCAUAAACUGUUUCCUUCAAGUUUAAUACAGAAAUGAUGAUGGAAUACAUGUACAUGGCUCGGUGUUAGGCUAGUAACCCAAAGGUUGCUGGUUCAAGCCACGCUGUAGUCACUUGAUACUGCGACCUGUGUACUUAGACAAGGAACAUUAUCUAUAUUGUCUCAGUCGAACAAGCUAAAAUGGGUAACGGCUUAUGCUGAUGGUUAACCUGCGAUGGACUGGUGUCCAAUCCGGGAUGGAGGUAAACGACUCACCGUCAAAAGAAUAAGUACCUUACUGUUAACAACGAGACACAUGGUAAUCAAAUGAAAACUUUGAAGAACUUACUAAUGAUUCUCGAACAAAUCUGGUCAAAUAAGAUGUGAAGAGGUACAGUGCCAUUUUGAAUUUGUAAGGUGAAAGGCACAAGAGACUAGAUCUGGUGUAAAGGAUAUUUCUAUCAACUGUGCGUGCGUCAUCUUAACGUCAUGCUUUGAACGUUGCCGUGCUCCUUGGUGACAAAACGUGCUGGUUUUAAAGUCGAGUAUCAAAAAUACCUUAUUACCAAAUAGACUGAAACUGCAUAUAUCAAUAAAAUCAGUGUUGGUGCAUAGAGUAAUCUGUCAGUUAUGACUUUUAUUAAAAAAUAUGCAU